ACAUGGAGACCAUGGCUGCUAGCACAUCGCUGCCCGACCCAGCCGGCGAGUUCGACAGGAACGUGCCCCGUAUCUGCGGCGUCUGUGGGGACAGAGCCACUGGCUUCCACUUCAACGCCAUGACCUGCGAAGGCUGCAAGGGCUUUUUCAGGAGAAGCAUGAAGAGGAAAGCGAUGUUCACGUGUCCCUUCAACGGUGACUGCAAAAUCACCAAGGACAACCGGCGGCACUGCCAGGCCUGCCGGCUGAAGCGCUGCGUGGACAUUGGCAUGAUGAAAGAGUUCAUCCUGACAGACGAGGAGGUUCAGAGGAAGCGAGAGAUGAUACUUAAGCGCAAGGAGGAGGAAGCGCUCAAGGAGAGCCUGAAGCCCAAACUCUCAGAGGAGCAGCAGAAAGUCAUCGACAUCCUCCUCGAGGCUCAUCACAAAACCUAUGACCCCACGUACGCCGACUUCACCAAGUUUCGGCCUCCCAUGAGAAGCAACCCCAGCAACAGGGAGGAAGCCAGGUCCUCCUCCAUCCUCACCCAGGACUUGUCAUCAGAGGACUCCACUGACCUCUUUGGCUCCGAUGGCUUCAGCACGUUUCCAGAGUCUGUGGAGCCCCAGAUGUUUUCAAACUUGGUCCUCUCCGAGGAGAAUGAUGAGAGCUCCUCCAUGAACAUUGACUUCUCCCACCUCUCCAUGCUCCCGCACUUGGCCGACCUGGUCAGCUACAGCAUACAGAAGGUGAUCGGCUUUGCCAAAAUGAUCCCAGGAUUCAGGAGCCUGGCAGCAGAGGACCAGAUCGCCCUGCUGAAAUCCAGCGCCAUUGAGGUCAUCAUGCUGCGCUCAAACCAGUCCUUCACCCUCGAGGACAUGACAUGGACCUGCGGCAGCAAUGACUUCAAGUACAGGAUCAGUGAUGUCACCCAAGCUGGCCACAGCAUGGACCUGCUCGAGCCACUCGUGAAAUUCCAGGUUGGCUUGAAGAAGCUGAACCUUCACGAAGAAGAGCAUGUGCUCCUCAUGGCCAUCUGCAUCCUGUCCCCAGAUCGCCCAGGCGUACAGGACACCUCGCUGGUGGAAUCCCUCCAGGAUCGCCUUUCGGAGAUCCUCCAGACCUACAUCCGCUGCAGACACCCUCCUCCCGGCAGCCGCCUGCUCUACGCCAAGAUGAUCCAGAAGCUGGCCGACCUACGAAGCCUGAACGAGGAGCACUCCAAGCAGUACCGCUGCCUCUCCUUCCAGCCCGAGCACAGCAUGCAGCUCACGCCGCUGGUGCUUGAGGUCUUCGGCAACGAGAUAUCCUGA